AGAUGGCUCUGUUGUCCUGAUCUUACUAUGACUAACUGUAUUCAAAGCCUUCAUUUUUUUUAAUUAUUCGAUACUAAAUCAAUCUGCAUCGGUCGAUUUUAACAUGUUCAGUUGAAAUUUAAAUGCAUAUUCAAGUUAUGCGCUGAUUUCUACCUAUUUUGAAGGCGAUGGCUAAGAACAAUUUUAAUGAAAAUAGUAGACCGUCUGUGAAUGAAGUCAGGAGACAAUUUGGAAUUCAUGAAGAUAGACAAUUGGCCCAUAAAUUACAAGAAAACGAAUUCAAUGAAAAAUAUGAUUUUAACCGUUUCGAGAGAAGAAAUUCAAGAAAAGACGUUCCAAUGGCAAAGUAUGUUCAUUCGAAAGAAGAGGAAAGAAUUCAAAAAGAACGUUAUGAACAUCUAAUGCGCCAAAAGCAAGUUGCUGAAGCUGAUGAAAAAUUAGCUAAAAAGCUCGCUGAAGAUGAAAUACGUGAGCGGAAAAUGAAACAACAGAGACAGAGCAUGAUAGAAAUUGAUGAUAUGCAAUUUGCGAAACAAUUACAAGAUAUGGAGGAGCAACAGGCAAAACUCGCUACCCAAGAGAAAGAAUUAACUAGGGAACGUAAGAGACUGGAAAAUGUCCUUAAUUACGAGAUAAAUACUUUAAGAAAUUAUCGAAAAGAGGGCAGACCUUCUCGUUCCAUUGAAGAGAAUAUGCACAAUAUGAGCAUCUCUUCUGCCAAUGGAAAUUCAAAGCUAUUGAGGCAAGAUGGUAAAGUGGAGGACCUUGGAGAUUUUUCAGAUUUUUGUGCUCCUAUCGAUCCAUUAUUGAGUGAAGAGGAGAGGAGGGAAAUUCAAGAGCAACAAGAUCAGGAAUUGGCCAGAUUACUACAAGAUCAGGAACACAAAAGGGGAGCUGACAUUAAAUUGAAGAUGAGAGAAUUAGAACAGAAAGACUUAGAAAUUGCAAAACUAUUUCAAGAGCAAGAGAGGCUGAGGAGUCGAAGGAAAAGAAUUCAUAGACAACAAAUUAAAAAGCUGAAAGCUGGUCAAUCCACUACUUUGAACAAUGAAUCGAAUUCAUCAAGUUCAAUGCUUGAUAUCGGUUCUGUUACUUUUGGGGGAGAAGCUAGCAAAUCUCAUCGACCAAUACCACCUUCAUACGAGGAACAUGUUCGCCGUCACGGAGCGAAGCCUUUGCCUUCCUCUCCUAUUUACGAAAAUCAGGCUGUCUUUGAUAACAGUCAAUCUGAGUCUUCUCCUGAAGCGAUUAGAGAAAUGGGAUCGGAUGAAGAAGUUCCUGAAAUGAUCUCUCAAUGGGAACGAGCUAACUCACCAAAGCGACCAAUGAGUGAGUUGGAUCGUGCUAGAAUGUUAUUUAGCUCGGAAUCAGCUGAAGAAGUUAAAGGAGAUGUCAGAAAAAAAGACAGACGAUCUAGAGAAAAUACCAAACAAUUAUACUCAAAGCCGGGUAAAGAUAGACCCAUCAGUGUAGCUAUUGGCGCAUCGGGUCAUUACGAAGAGUUUCCAUAUCGUGAGAAUGAUUUAGGAAAGGGUAAACGAUCCAAGUCUUCUGAUCGAUUGGAUAAAGCAAGAUCCAGAGCUCCCAUUACCGUAAACCGAUUAGAAUUGGACAACGGAACUCUUGAUGACAAUCUUCUUAGCGAUAACAGAAAAUCCCACCGUCCACUUCCACAAGCUCAAAGGUUACCCCAAACGAGUACCAACGUCUUUUCAAGUAUAGAUCCUACAUAUCGUCGCCAGCAUUCAGUCGAGCAGGUUUCGACAGAAAUGGAUGAAGAGAAUCUUUAUAGUGAACUCAUGACUCCUCCAUCAUCUCCUGGUUAUGUGCAGAAUGAUAAAAGAACUUCGGAACAAGCUAAAAAGAAUAACUCAAAUUGCAAACAGCAAUAG